CAAUUCAUAUGCCAAUACCAUUACUCUAUAUGGUUCACGGAGAUUUGUCAGAAUAUAUUCUAACUGAACCAUUUUUGUUUCAUGUUUUACCGGAAUGCUGAAAAUCGUUCCUCAAGAUUUUUGAGCCUGAUAUGUUCCCGGUAAUGUAUAGGUUGGAACUGCCGUCACUACUCAACGACACAUGAAUGCUGGUUUGCUAAAGUACAAUAGCCGUGUACUACACUAAUUCACAAUUACGUCUCACGUGAUUAGCGGACGACCGACGAAUGUUUUAGAAUACUGCCAACAUGGAAAGAGCAAAACGACAAAUGAGGACAACCUCGAAAGUCUGGGGCAAAGUCAUCGCCGUAUCUUCUUUCAUUGCCAUGUUCCUCGUAUCUGUGGUAAUACGCUGCACUGGAGUUCUGUAUGUAAGCUGGCAGACUUCAUUUGAUUCAACCGCUGCACAGACUGCAGCAAUCGCCAGCAUUAUCACAUCCUCCUCGUAUUGUACAUCUAUUUUUGCAGGUGUGUUUUGCAAUCGUUACGGAUGUCGUUUCACCUGUAUUCUGGGAGGCGUUCUGACGUUCUUCCCAAUAUUAAUGAGCUUCUGGGCGACCAGUCUGUGGUCAAUGUACGCAGUGGCAGUUUUCACAGGUGUCGGUACAUCUUUCAGCUUUCUUGCAUCUAACGUUGUUCUGGCAGAAUAUUUCAAGACGUACUACGCAAUAGUGAGUGGUAUUACCAUGGCCGGUGGCAGCACCAACAUGAUCGUGUUCCCGCCUCUCUUACGCCUUCUUCUCGAUGCAUACGGAUGGCGGGGAGCCAUGCUUGUGACAUCUGCAAUUUGCGCAAAUCUGUGUGUGGUAGGGGCAUUGUACCGUCCCUUGCGUCACACACCACGGAGACCAACAAUUGUUACAAAAUCCACUGGCAAUAUUGGCAUCAGCCCCAACAGUAAUACAUGUUCAAAUCCUCCAGAUUCACACGUGCAAAAAGGACCUACCACUAGUGAAGGGAAGUGCGUCACCUCAACGGCUUCCUUGCGGCGUGUGUUCUCAGCGUUACGACUUGGAUUGCUGGUUAAGAGUUACCGUUUUUCUCUUCUUUGCUUGACCAGUAUACAACUCCAAAUGACCUACUCCUGUGCAUCCGUUUUUUUGGUGCCAAGGGCCAAGUUUUCUGGUACCGAUGACAUGAAAGCGUCAUUUCUGCUCAGCAUUUUUGGGUUUGGAAGUUUAAUCUCGCGAGUUGCAAGUGGCUUCUUCGUGACCCGCAAAACACCCGUCGAGGCCCUGAACACAUUCUCAUUUGUGCUGUGCUGCGUUGGUUUACUGUCUUCCCAAGCCGAGACCUAUGAAUCCUUUGCAGCUUCUGCCUGCUUUCUUGGCAUGGGUACAGGCGCCAACAAAGUAUGGAGCAAUAUAUUAAUUCGUAAACUCCUCGGCUUACCUCGAGUGGCAUCUGGACAGGCGAUUCACCUCCUGUUGUGCGGUGUAGGAGACUUGAUAGGUCCAAUUGUUGCAGGUUUGUUGUACGACAGCACAGGAAGCUUCGGAACCGUAUUUUACGUUUUGGCUGGUCUGGUCGCCGCCGCCGCCCUGCAGAUGUUACUCAUGCCAAUGCUUCGCCGAAUUGAGCCCGGUGUUGCUGAAAAAGAGGAAACGUCCACUGGAUCAGUAUCUUAGAGCCUCAUGCUAGGUUCACACAUUCCCGAUUUUUAAGCCGAACCGUAUGGUUCUUGGCUGCCUCGGGAUGAUUGGUUAGUUCGGUGAAAGAUCGUUAAAGAUCGGGAAGCACCCCGACAAUUUGGGACAUGUUCAAAAUUGAUUCGGGAACCAAUUUAAAUUCUCGAUUUAUUCUUGUUGUAUUCGUAACUUAUUCUGGAUAUUCUUACAGCAUUCUUACAAGUUUCGCACAGUUAUUCUUGGUGGUAACAGUCCAGAAUCGUACCGAAUCAUUGCGAAUGUAUCAAGAAAUGUACAACUAUUAUAAAAAAUAACUUACGAAUACACUAAGAUUUUGUUAAGAAUAAAUACGAAUAAUCUAUGAAUUUAGCAAGAAUGAAUCACGAAUAAUGCUGAAUUAGACAGAUUUUCCUAAGAUUUUUUUUAGAAUAACCAAGAAUCAAGCAGAAUUAAAUACGAAUUGAUCAAGAAUAGUCCCGAGUGAUCUGGAGAUAUACGCUGCUCGGCAAACUGGAACUGACUAACGAUAAGCGCUUGUCUAGAUCGGUUUAUAUACCGGGAUUCGAUUUUUUUCCCUAAACAACAAUAAAGCAAAUGGAGUGUAAGUCCUCAUAGGCCUAAUCAUUUAAUAAAAUUGAUGUUUGUAAGGCGACGCCAGUUUAAAGGG